AUGCCGCCACCACACGACCGACCAUAUCCCCACCAGCUCAGGAAUCGCAGCCCAUUCGAUGAAACACCCUCUUUCCAUGACUGUCCAACACCCAUUGCGCAGCUCAUCGAACCCGCCAUCCAAUAUCUGGGCAUCGGACCCGGUCUCUGUACACGCGACAAUCUUUUUGGACUCGGCUACCUGGUGCUUCUAGCCAUCAACUAUGGGCUGCUUCUUUACGUCAUUUGUGUGGUUUUGAUCGUGUUUACAAGGCUGUGUGGUUGGUAUGGAGGAGAUAUGCUGACUGUGAGGAGAUUCGAAGGUCCCAAAGCUACUGCCCGGGUUGUACGGCAGGCAAGUGCACCUACAUGA